UCCAGCGGUAAGGGAAGGAGGGAAGGCGGGGUGGGGGGUAGGUCUUCUGCGGAACAGGGUCCCCGGAGGAGGACUCCGCCGGGUAGACACAGUAAUAGCAGCAUUCGCUUGCCUUGCGCCAGGAACUGCGCCUCGAGUUUCACAUGAGACUCUUGGAACUUAGAAGCUCCUAGAACAGUGGUUUUCAGUCUCCGCAAGCGGCAGCCCCAUUAUCCCCUGGAAUUGGUUAGAAAUGCAAGUUAUCGUGCCCCGACACAAACCUGAUGAAUCAGAAACUCUAGGAAUGGCUCCCAGGUGAUUCCCUGCAGUUACAGCUUGAGAAUCACCUCUGUAAAGUAGGUGUGACUUUUUUUUUUUUUUUUUUUUGCGGUACGCUGGCCUCUCGCUGUUGUGGUCUCUCCCGUUGCGGAGCACAGGCUCCGGACGCGCAGGCCCAGCGGCCAUGGCUCACAGGCCCAGCCGCUCUGCGGCAUGUGGGAUCUUCCCAGACCGGGGCACGAACCCGUGACCCCUGCAUCGACAGUCGGACUCUCAACCACUGCGCCACCAGGGAAGCCCAGGCCAAGAUUGAAUUAAGGGAGUGACACUGGAGAUGAAGAAGGUGGUUUGGAGAUAGAAACAAAUAGAUUAAAAAUGAUUGGGAGGGCUUCCCUGGUGCCGCAGUGGUUAAGAAUCCUCCUGAGAAUGCAGGGAACACGGGUUCGAGCCCUGGUCCAGGAAGAUCCCACAUGCCGUGGAGCAACUAAGCCUGUGUGCCACAACUACUGAGCCCGUGCUCUAGAGCCCGUGCUCCGCAAUAAGAGAAGCCACCGCAAUGAGAAGCCCGCACACCGCAAGGAAGAAUAGCCCCGCUCGCCGCACUGAAGACCCAAUGCAGCCAAAAAUAAAUAAAUAAAAUAAAUAAAUUUUAAAAAAUGAUUUGGAAAUCAUAGGAGAGGGAGGAGUCAAGGAUAGUGCAUGGGUUUCUGGCUUCCGCAACAGGCUGAAUGGAGGAACAUCUGUUGAGAUAGAGAAGUCUUGGGAAGGGGUUGGUUUAAAGGGAGCAUCAUGAGUUCUGUUUCCGGCUUGCUCAGGGUGACAGGUCUCUGAGACAUCUAAGCUGAGGUGCGACAAGCUGCUGGGUAUGGGGUCUAGAGAAGAGAAGAGAGGCCUGAGCCGAAGAUACAUUAUUGGAGAGGGGGCUUCACACAUAAACUGUAUCUACGGUUCCCUCUCCACUCUGUUCCUGUUUCCUGUAAAUAUUUAUUACAUGAUUCUCAGUCUUAGGGAUUCGGAGGUAAAGAAGACAGUCAAGGUCAGUCUCUAUCCGCGUGCAUCUUGCACUCAGUGCAGGCGGCUUGUGUGUAACAGACAGGCUAGGGUGGUGGCUUUGUGCCUAAAGGAGGGAGGUCACAAUGUGUACUUUGUGAUGAGAGCCAUGAUAUACCCAGUGGCACUGAGGACCCCACUGAGAGCUCAGCCUUCCUCCUGCAGGGAGGAUAGGGCACACACCAUAUGUUAUCUCUCUGCUCUCACACCUCCCAUCCCAGGCCCAGCCAGAGUCCCCUUUGGAGGGGAGCAAAUGGAUAGGGAAGUGGGAGAUGAGGGGUUGGGAGGAGGUGUGGUGUGGAGGGCUGGGGAGCCGUGGAAGCCAACAAGACAGAGGGUUGGGGGGCUAUCUGUGGCCUCAGUUCCUCACCCCUCCCAGUCCCAGGUAGAGGAGCCAGUCAGCUGCCUGCCACUGGAGCCUUUGCCUGGGCCAGACAUGAAGUGCUGCUGGCAGAUUUUUGUCCUGUGCAUCUCCUUGAUGCUCAUCUUGUGGCUGAUGGCCCCCUGCCUGGAUCUGAAGCCGGAAUCGGCACCCCACGAAAAAUGGAUGAAGGUGGUACCAUGGCGUUGCAGCUGCCCUCCGUUCAAGUUCAGGAAAUAUGGCUGCCCAUCCGGGACCCUCAACGACUCUGUCAGCCACCACACGGCCGGAGGGAACUGGUUUGAUGUAGUUUACGAGAAGACGAUGGGGCACCUCAUGGGAGCAGCAGAGCCCACCAGCCCUGACGCCGUGCUCUCGUGGUCGGGCAUGAACUCAGCAAGCGAGCUGGGCAGAGUGUGGGAGAAGCUGUUCAAGGUGAUUCCCAGGACCUUGGUGAGCCAUUUUGAUCUCUUCUGUGGAACUUGUGCAUCGGUGGGGAACUCGAAGAUCCUGUGGGCCGCCAGCCUCGGCAAGAGUGCCAAUCACACCGCGGUCUCCAGGAUGAACCAGGUUCCUAUUCAGGGCUUCGAGAUGCUGGGGAACCAAACCACAGGACAGUCCGUCUCCCUCCAGAAUGACAGGGACCAGGGUUCUUGGAGGCAGCUGGACCUGCUGCUCCUGAAGCUCUUUGUUCUGGCAUGGACUUCAGAUGCUCUGAGUGAAGAGGAUGCCCACUUUGGAUUUGGAGCAGAAAAGCAAGGAAGGUGGCCCCGUUACUGGGAGGAUGUUAAUCAGACCAAUGGAGAUUCUGUCCAUACACAGCACAGAAGCAGAAAUGGAAGUCAGCUAGAGUGGACAAGCUCACCGUUCACACGGGGCACCCUGCUGGGUAACACAAGUCCUCGUCCUUUGGGCCUGAAUGCAGGGGAGUCUUGGGGUUGCAGCAGCAGGAGCAGCAGGGCUCUGGGGACGUUCAGGGGUAAAGGGCAAGAGGAAAUUGUAUAGCAAUCAGUCUGGUACUGAAUAAAGUUCUGGCCUCAUUCUUCUACCUGUGAAGACAGUGCCAGGUGAGGAAGGGCCAGACUUGACUUCCAUGGCUCAGGGGGAAUAUUUACACCCAUUUCUCUGCCUGGUUCCCCAGAUCAUGCAGGUGGUGUAAAUUUAGAGCCAACCCUGUGCAAAGUGCAGGC